AUGUCCAUGGGACUGUAUGUAUAUGGCUCAGAACAACCCUUCAAAGAUUUAAAGAGUAGCUUCGUUGCCUAUCUUAAGCUUCUUGCAGGCGGCACUGCCAACUAUCAUUACUUAUACAAAGUUGGUAGCGCAUAA